UAGCUUUGCUGUGAUUAUAGCGCAAAUUGUAUUAGUUGUUCUCUAACAAUGAAACUCAUUGGAAGUUCUUUUAUUCUUCAAUGAACUAUCCAUUUUGAUAUAAUAAUAAUACAGAGCAUGGUGGAGACAGCAAUUUUUACAGAGAUACAGAUACCAGUGCCAUGGGGACACAUAUCCGGCCUCUGGUAUGGCGAUAAGUCGAUACAACCACUGAUCGCGUUACAUGGUUGGCUGGAUAACUGUGGUACAUUUGCGAAAUUGGCGCCACUGCUCGUCGAAGCAACUGGCAGCGUGCUCUGUAUCGAUCUACCCGGACAUGGUCACUCCUCACACCUACCUGCUGGAAUAUUAUAUCAAACCGCUGAAUUUGUACGCGUGCUAUUACGUCUAAUGAAGACAUAUAAGUGGACCAAGAUAUCGUUACUAGGACAUUCUAUGGGUGGCGCUGUGUCAUUUUACUUCGCAAUGCUAUAUCCAAAUAAAGUCGAUGUACUAAUUAGCAUUGAUACCACCUUAAGACGUUAUAUAAAACUCGAUAACGCUGUUGAUAAGUUACGUAAUGUGAUGCUCAAGGUGCAACGCGAUAAUCAACGCCUCAUUGAUGACACACCAUAUGAAGAACCACCAAGUUAUACCUUCGCUGAAUGUGAGCGUCUGCUUUACGAGGGCUCUGGCCGUUCGAUGUAUCUGGAAAACUGUAAAUACAUUUUGGCGCGGAACUUAAGUAGAUCACGUAAAUUUCCCGGUAAAUUUUACUUUUCACGCGACACGCGGCUCAAGCACAUAUUAGAUAUAAAUGCCGAUGAGCCGCUCUCCAGAGCUAUGAUUAUGCGCAUUUGUGAGGCGAAAAUGCCAUUUUUGGUUUUGAAAGGUGGUGCUUCACGGAAUAUGGGUCCGGAAACGAUGAAGUUAAUCGAUUUGCUGAGUGCGCAAAAUCCGAACUUUGAAACACAUGUAAUUGCUGACGGCUUACACCAUGUGCAUCUGGACCAACCCGUAGUUGUCGCGAAUUUGAUCAUACCGUUUUUGCAGCGAUAUCGUCCACUGUCGCUCGUUCAAGCGGUAGAGUCGGAUGCUCGCCGUGAAUUGCUGUCAAAGGCUAAAUUGUGAACUUGAAUUUUCGGCUUUUAGUUUGUAAUUAAAGUUUGUAAUUGAGUUAGUAAAUUAUCUAUUAAAUAGGCCUAACGAUUGUUGUAGCAUAUACAGUGUUGGAAUAAAGUAUUCGUCACAUUUUGAGUUAGAUUAUUUA